UUGGGUGAAUCGUGAGAUUGAUCAACACGCUUGAAUAAGGUGAAAGGGGAUUAGGGCACUUUUCUGAUUAGGGGUUACAGUUUCGAUUCUUCGAAUCGUAAAAUUCACAAUUAUAAUCAGCAAUCAGAGCCAUCAACAACUGCAAUGGUGUGCGAGAAGUGUGAGAAGAAAUUAUCCAAGGUGAUAGUACCAGACAAGUGGAAAGAAGGUGCCAGCAAUACUACUGAGGGUGGUGGCCGCAAGAUCAACGAGAACAAGCUCCUCUCCAAGAAGAACAGAUGGACCCCUUACGGAAAAACUAAGUGCCUUAUUUGUAAGCAGCAAGUGCACCAGGAUGGCAAGUACUGCCACACCUGUGCUUACACUAAAGGAGUUUGUGCAAUGUGUGGCAAGCAAGUUCUUGACACCAAGUUUUACAAACAAAGCAAUGUGUAGUGGAUACUGGGCCUGUAUUGCAUGUUGCAUCUUCUUUUAGGUGCAUAAGGGCAUGGUCUUUCUAUCUUAUUGUGUAGUUGGUCCUAUUGCUAACAUUGUAACUCAAGUUGUAAAAAACCAACACAGUGAGGGAGUUUCUAUUAUUUCUGUCUUUCAGAAACUUCUUGUAAAAUGUUUAUUCAUGAUCUAAAACUUGUACACCUGGCUUAAGUUCAUGUUUUAUUGAUCUUUUAUGAUGUUGUUUGGA